AUACAAUAGCAAUAUAGUUAGCAGUAGGCUCUGGUAAUAAACAUGCACGUGUUCAUUUCAAACUACCUAAUGUGCAUGUGUAUGUAUGUAGCUGUGUGUACCAACCAGUGAUCACGGCUUGGCAGCCAAUUAGCUCCGUCUCUUCCAUACAUACUGUGGCAAAGGCUAUCGAUCACCUGUCUCCCAUGUGCACAGGUGCGAAGAGGAAGCAAGAGAUCGGUUGUUUGUCAUAAACUAUCUGACAAUGUUUAGGAUAGUACCGUUCAUUGUUCUCUCUGCCGUAAGAGUAAGCUAUGCAGGCAACGACACCUCCGUUCGGUAUCUGCUGACUCGCCUGCUAGAUGAAUCUGUGUAUGAUCCAACCAUCAGACCACAAGUGACCCCUGGGUCACCGACAAAGGUGAACGUCGACGUGUUGAUGACGUCCCUAGGCCCGCUGAAUGACUCCGACAUGGAUUUCUACACCACGUUAUUCCUGCGCCAAGAGUGGAGGGACCCGCGUCUUUCCUUUGACAGUUUCAACACCAGCAUCGUUGUCAGCCACAAACGUCUGUCUCAGUUGUGGGUGCCAGAUCUGUUCUUCCCACAAACCAAGGAGGAACGCAGUCACGAUCUGACGACACCCAAUGUCCUCAUACGCCUGUCUCCUGACGGCAGUUUACUGUACAGCCUUAGGCUCACCCUUCGACUUCGAUGUUUAAUGGCUCUGGAGAACUUCCCCCUCGACGUCCAGACGUGCAAGAUACAGAUCGAGAGUUACGGACACACGCUGGAGGAUUUACAGCUCGAGUGGUCCACGUCACGUCAGACGGUUGAUGUACUUCCGGAAGCGUAUCUCCCAGACUUCCAAGUUGUAGGGGUGAACACCACUUCCUGCAGCACGGGAUACGCCACAGGUGCAUUCCCGUGCAUUUACGCGGAACUUGUUCUGAGAAGGGAGAUCGGCUUUUACAUGAUCCAAACAUACAUUCCCACAAUGCUUAUCGUCAUGUUGUCGUGGGCCUCGUUUUGGAUUGACCAUGAAGCAGUUCCGGCACGAAUAUCUGUCGGCCUACUCACUGUACUGACGAUCACUACGCAGAGUUCCGGCGCCCUGUCACAGCUCCCUAAAGUUCCAUACGUCAAGUCCAUCGACGUAUGGAUGUCCACGUGCCUUGUGUUCGUGUUCGCCUCCUACAUGGAGUACGCUGUGGCGGCUGUCCUCACACGGAGAUACAAGAAGGCCAUGAUACUCUUGCAAAACCAUAAAUCCAGUGUGCAGAGAGUCAGUACAGUAUCUAGCAGAACAAGGUCCUCUGAAGUGAAGGAAAAUGGCGUCAGCAACAAUAAGCCGGAUGCUGACAAGGAUUCGACCGAUGAUUCACCCACGUCUAAGGACAGUGUUAGGUUACCAUACCUGUGUCGGCAGGAUUAUGGCCGGAGAUUGGAGAAAAUAUCAAGAUUCCUUUUUCCAGUGUCCUUCAUCAUUUUCAACAUUGGCUAUUGGACAUCAUACAUCAUCAUGUCAAUACGCUCAUGAAAUCGACAUCUUGCUUCAUACACCAGCAUCUAUGGCAAAAGUCCCUGUACAAAAAUCCAGUUAACCAGUCAAAUUACCAUGACCAAGAACUAAGCGAUCGUUCCUUUGAACGUCGUAUUAUUGACAUUUUCUUUAUUUAUGCUAAAGAAAUGUUGUAACAAAUAUGAUAUUGGUUACAACACAUCUUUAGAUAUGAGAAGGAAGGUCGGCAAGCAAGAAUCGUGGGGUUAACAAGGAAGCUCUGUAAAGACAUUACAGACUCAGUACAUAAUGUAUGUCUUUACUAUGAUAAAUGUUUAUAUACUUCACCCUUUUUACUGUCAGAGAAUGCAUUUACCCUUUCUACUGCCAGAGAAUAACAACAGAGAUAAUUUGUAUACUGUUUGAAGAUCGUGCCCCGAUAUUUUGAAGAAAAUAAUUAAUGAAUGUUUUGUUCCUGUCUGAAAUGUGCAAUAGUGCUUGGCCUAUUUGUCUUCGAUCUCCUUUUAUCUUGGCAUCAAAGAUUCGUUCCAGCUUUCAACUUUCCCUAUGGAACAGAAUUACCUGUACGUGCUUAAAACGCACGCAAAGCGUGUUUUAUUCUCAUCAUUUGUAAAAACAUGUAGCUUUCCAGUUUAAUGUUUGUGAAUGAUAAACACAAGACACAUGUUCGAUUGUUCUACAUUAACUGUACAGUGUAAAUAUUACAAUGUCGUCUACCGGGUGCCGACAGAGCCCUUGCAUUAAUGUGUUAGCUAUGAGAUGGGAUUAUACAACCACGCACAGGAGCAUCAGCUAUACCAGCGACCGUACACCGGAAUAUGUUCACUGACCUUGUGAAGCAAUUGUGGAAGUGGAUCGAGUGAUAAUGGGUUUAUAACAGUGCAGUCAUGUAUAGCAACGGUGCAGCGUGACAUGGAGAAGGCGGGACAUGAAGAAGACGCCUUGACAUGAAGACGGCGUAACAUGAAGACGGCGUGACAUGAAGACGGCGUGACAUGAAGACAUCGUGACAUGAAGACGGCGUAACAUGAAGACAGCGUCACAUGAAGACGGCGUGACGUCAAGACGGCGUCACAUGAAGACGGCGUCACAUGAAGACGGCGUAACAUGAAGAAGGCGUGACAUGAAGACGGCGUGAAAUGAAGACAUCGUGACAUGAAGACGGCCAUUUUUAACGUCUUUCGGUAUGACGCUGCCAGGGAUCGAACCCACGACCCUCCGCCCUCCUGGAAGAUGCUCUACCACAAGACCAGGGAGGCGGUUGAUGUGGAAAUAUAACCUAAUAGGUUGGGUGUGGCACCUUUUGUGAGUUAAGUUAGAAUUAUGUGUUUUUAGUGCAACAUACAUGCUACUCUUUCGAAGGUGUGGCAAUCAAAUAAAAAAGAAGUCGUUUGUAUGCAUUAAUUACAUGACAUUCACGGUGCCUGAGUGUAUGAUAAGUGUCCAGUAUACCUCUUGGUGCUUACCCCGCCUUCAUUUUCAUCAGUCUCCUCUUCGUCCAUUUUAUUGCAUUGUAUUUGAUUUGAAUUCGUCCAUUUUUUAUGUGAUUAAUUCAUAUGCAUUGUAUUUUGUUUAAUAAAAAUGUUUUUUUAAUCA